UCCACCCAUCCUGAGCUGCUGAGAGCUGAGGCUUCAGAUGGUGAAAACACUUCCAUUCUCUGAAAACAGAAGCACCGGCUCCCAGGCUUCUCCGGAGAGGAUUUUGAGAGCUUCUCAACUUCUUCAAGAGCAGAAAGUCAAACUCCAAUGGCAGCCCCAGUCCACCGAGAGUCCAGGAGCAGCCAUGAACUUGGGAGGCAAGAGCCCAACGAUUCACAGCUGAGACUUGUCCUGGUGGGCAAGACAGGAGCAGGGAAAAGUGCAACGGGCAACAGCAUCCUGGGAGAGAAGGUGUUCCAGUCCAGCCUUUCUUCAAAGUCCAUCACCAAGGUCUGUGAGAAAGGCACCAGCUCCUGGAACGGGAGAGAAGUGGUGGUGGUGGACACACCGGGCAUUUUUGACACUGAGGUUUCAGAUGCAGAGACCAGCAGGGAGAUUGCCCGCUGCCUUGUCCUGACCUCCCCGGGUCCUCACGCUCUGCUUCUGGUGGUCCCGCUGGGCCGCUACACCCAGGAAGAGCACAGGGCCACCAAGAAGAUGCUGAAACUGUUUGGGGAUGCGGCUAGGAGAUACGUGAUCCUCUUGUUCACUCGGAAAGAUGACCUUGAUGGCAUGGAUUUUCAUGAUUACUUACGGGAAGCUCCAGCAGUGAUUCGAGAGCUGGUGGGCAAGUCCAGUGGUCACUGCUGUGCAUUUAACAACAGAGCAACAGGAGCUGAGCAGGAGGCUCAGAGGGCACAGCUUCUGUCCCUGGUCCAGCGGGUGGUGAUGGAGAACGGGGGAGGAUGCUACACUAACAAGAUGUACUGGCAGGCUGAGGAGGAGAUUCAGAGACAGACCCAGGAAAGACAAGAGCACUAUAGAGCAGAACUGAAGCGAGAGGUAGCAAAGAUAAAAGAGGAAUAUGAAGAGAGAAUCAGAAAUCUGGAGGAUAAACUAGAGCAGCAAGCAAAAAGGACACAGAUGGAAAGGGAGAUAGCGGAAACAAGGUCUCACUUCAUGGUCAGGCAACAAAAUGCCAGAAGAGAAGUUGAGAGUCAGCCUGGGUUCUUGGAUACAAUUUUGAAGGUAUUCAAGGUUGCCCAGUUAUUUUUCUCACAUUUAUUUAGGGAACAUUAAACUUCAUGAAACUCUGUCCGUAUUUCCAUACUUUUAUCUAAGUGGUUCUACCCCAUAUUACGUAUUCACCAAAGGCAAAACAUUUGCUUUCAAUCAGACUCUUAAGAGAAAAAGUGUUCUUUGUUUAGAGUUGUCAAAAAGUUUAUUGGUUUAACAAGGGAAGGACAAGAUUUUUAUUUGUGAAGCUUCAGUGCAGAAGCACUCAGGUUUCUACCCUGUGAAUUCCUUCUCAAAGGUAGAGACCCAAGAAAACAGCUUCCAUCUUUUUCUACUUUUUGCAUCGUUAACCUUUCCACUUUCAGUUCUUUAUAGACAAGCACAUCACCUCUGCCUGUAGCUUCUUCUCUCUUAGUUUUGCCAUGGGCACCACCAUGGUCAACUUAUACAAAGGUUUGCUCAAGUUUUCUCUGCACUGCAUAGUCAGUUAGAAGGAAAGGCUUUUGGACUUAUCUCUAGCUAAAUUAACUUUGUUGUUUUUCAAGAUAGACUCUAUAUUUUAUUAGAUUUUUCAUAUGAUAGAACAAAAAGGCAUCUGGAAAACAUUCACUAACUCAGAGUAUAACUAAGUCAAAUACUAGAGUGAAAGAGAGUUAAAGAUAAGAGAACAACAUUCAGUAUAUUCAGAUGUAUCUUAGAAACUCUGUGACUAACCGCAUGUAACCAGCUUGCAGAUUAGCCAACUUCCCCUGCCUCUGUGAACCUGUGCCCACCCAUGUCCACUCACUGCUUACCCACUGCUGGAAGGCCCUCUGAGCUCUCCCUGCUCCCAGAGGAUGUCUGACUGCCCAUUGUUAUUGUUAUAAGUCUUUCCUCUCCUA